CCACAGCCAGCAGGAGGGGCCUCAGCUUUUCCACCGCUGCUUCCUAGUCCUUUAAAUCCUAGAGGCAAACUUUCUGGGGGAUAAGGAACGCUGGGAGGGGCUUGUGGCUUAACCCUCUCUACCCAGGAUCAAGGAACUGAGCGGACUAGGAGAGCGAGGCUGUGACUGGGCUCCCGCUUGGACUCCUACCAUGGCCCCCGAGAGGGGCUGACAGUUCCCCGUGCAGGUUCGGCAUGACACUUCCUCUGCCAGGUGAAAUCCCUCCCGGAGGAAGGAGGAAGAAGGCGCGGGCAGGAGACUAGGAGGCGGAGGCGGACUCUGAGCCAAGGAGGGUCCCAGGUCGCGCCCAGCGGUCGCCUGCCGCGCUCAGCAAGGACCACGAGAUGCCCGUGCUGAAGCAGCUGGGCCCCUCGCAGCCCAAGAAGAGGACAGAGCGCGGCGCGCUGUCCAUCUCGGCACCGCUCGGCGACUUCCGGCACACACUGCAUGUGGGGCGCGGAGGCGACGCCUUCGGGGACACCUCCUUUCUGAGCCGCCACGGCGGUGGGCCACCCCCCGAACCCUGCGUCCCGCCCGCCGGGGUCCCGCGUAGCGCGCCGCCCUCUACCCUGUCGCAGUCCACAGCGCCAGCCCUCCACCCGACUGCGCCCUCCGACCCUCUGUUGUCCUUCCACCUGGACCUGGGUCCCUCCAUGCUGGACGCCGUGCUGGGAGUCAUGGACGCGGAGCGCGCCGCAGCCUCCAAGCCCGACGUGGACGCGCGCCUCGGGGCGCAGCACCCCAGGGCCCGCUGCGGCCCCAACGCCGACCUCGAGCUGGACGACGUCAUCGGUCUGUAGGCUUCGGGUUCCCCGCGCCCUCCCUUCCGGCACCCCACUUCUGCGCACAUAAACGGCUAAGAUUUG